AUGCCCCCCACAGCGCCCAAGUAUCCAGACCUACCCCUCGUGCCGGCGCCGUCGGCAUUCUCUGGCCCGACUGAUCGUGCCAAGAAGCUCCUCAAGCAGGUGUGCGACAAGGCCAUCAAGGAUGGAGAUUUCAGCAUCACUCGCUCGCCACUUCCGUGUCCCAUUGACAAGAACGAGUUCUUCGCCCUCAAGCCGUACUUUUGGGAGGCGCAGCCUGGAUGUUGGGAACGUCGCGAUGGGCAGCGGAACCCAAUGUGCGACAAGCCUCAGUGCCAGAAGCAGCUGCAAGGCAUGGCCCUCGCCGUCGCAGCCCUUGCUGCAGGAGCCAAGAAUGUCGACCCGGCGUACGCCGCGACCGCAGACACGUUGCUCAAGGUCUUCUUCCUCGACCCCGAGACCAAGAUGAACCCCGAAGUCAAGUACGCGCAGGUCAACAUGGGUGACUGCCCUAUGAAGGGAGACAAGACCUUCGUCGUUGCUACCCGCUACCUCAUCCUUGUGUCCCAGGCUCUGCCUCUCCUCCCACCCUCUCCCGUUGUGGAUGGCGUCAAGGCCUGGAUCCAGCAGCAGGUCCAGUGGAUGGAGACCAGCGAACAGGGCGCCGCCGCCCGUGCGAGUGGCAACAACAUUACCAUGUGGUACCACGCCAUCUACGCCUCCCACCUCGGCGCGCUCGACCCAGCCCGUGCAGCCGAGUACGCUGCCCAAGUCAUGUCGUCAUACGCCGCUCUCACGCCUGCCCAAGUCCUCGACGAAGAACUCAAGCGCACCAAACCCCGCCACUACACCCUCUUCGCCCUCGAGUCCCUCUUCGAGAUCGCCGCCGUGGCAGGUGGUGGCGCGAACCCGCCUCCUCCGGCCAUCAUCGCGACUCUGAACGGGCUCGUCGAAUUCGCCCGCAGCGUCCAGCCUGGACAGCUCGACUGCGAGUCGGACAAUGACGCGCGCUACGGGCCCAAGUUGGCGUGGUUCCAGCGUGUCCUUGAUCGCUGGGAAGGAAAGGCCGUGUCGGAUGAGGACCCAGAUGGGAGCGCGUGGGAAGGUGGUUGGAACCAGCGCACGAGGCUGGCGUGGGCCCUCAUCUGA